UGAUAUCCGAAGCCCUGGUCCGGCAGCUGCGGCUGGGGAGGGUGAUGCAUCCGCGAUGGCACCAAAGCGAAACCGCGGGCGGGCCAGCCAGGUCUCGCUAGGGCACAGGGCUGACCAGGAGGCGAAUCUGCCUUGGAUGGGCAGCAGGAUAACAGUGGCCGAAUGGGCCUAUAAAGCCAGGACCGCUGCUCCGUGGUUCUAGAGCGAUUGGUGCCUCCCAAGAAUCCAACAAAGACGACGACCCAGAACUUCAAUCCAUCACAGCCUCCGUCACAAUGCUUGGCCACAUCUCUACCGCGAUCCUGGGUCUUUCCCUAGCGACGGCACCGCUGGUUCUAGCCGCCGCUGGAGAUGAUGUCAUCUUCCCGACCCCCGCCCCGAUCCUGGAGGCCAGGGCGACGGCCGGCAUCGGCGACUGCUACGCCCAGUCACCCUACAUGAACUGCGUCACGCCCCAUACAUCUCGGACGUGUGGAAAGCCCGGUGAUGGGCCGUCGGCGACCUCGUGUGCGUGCCAGCAGGUGACGGCGCUGUGGAACUGCUACACGAGCGCCUGUCCAUCGGACAGCCUUUACUCGACCUUUUACGCCGGCAUCUCGGUCUGCAACGCGCAGGGCUUCGGCGGGGCGAGCCCCAUCACGGUGGCAGGCGGUGGCGGCGGCGGCAACGGAGCCGCGGGCGCUACUGCGACGGCGGGCGGGGAGGGGGCAGCCAGCACCAACAAGAACGCCGGGGCCUCUGCCCGGCCCGGACUUGUCGGGGCGGUCGUUGCUUUCGGAUUUGCGGCUUGGAUGGCCUAGUCAGGAUGGUGGAAGUGGGAAAUGCGGUGGGCGGAAUAAGGAAGAAAUGCAUAGCAGUUUGUGGCGUUUAAUGGACCAUCAUAUUGAUUGCGG